GUGGAGGCGACUGAAGGUUGUGGUAAAUUUGACUCUCUGUCUGAGUUCAAUUAGAAGCCAUUAACAGAUAAUCAUGUCAGGACGGCUUCAUGCACGCAGGACAGACCGUGUCGUUAAAAACGUUUGGGUUGAAUUCACAAACUUGGCAGCAGACUACAAAGCAGUGAACCUCGGACAAGGAUUUCCUGACUUUUCCCCUCCAAAGUUUGUCCAGGAGGCUUUCUGUAAAGCUGUGAAUGGAGGGCCCCUAAUGCAUCAGUAUACCCGAGCUUUUGGCCACCCGCCUCUUGUAAAAAGUCUGGCUAAAUUCUUCAGUAGGAUUGUGGGACAUGAGAUCGAUCCAUUUGAAGACAUCCUGGUCACAGUUGGAGCUUAUCAGGCUCUCUUCUGUGCAUUUCAAGCUCUGGUUGAUGAAGGGGAUGAGGUUAUAAUUGUUGAACCGUUCUUUGACUGCUACCAGCCAAUGGUGAAGAUGGCUGGAGGAAAGGCAGUGUAUGUACCUCUGAGGCCGAAAGCUGAGGGCAAGGGCGUCCUGUCAAGUGGAGACUGGGUUCUUUCUGCAGAGGAGCUGGCUAGUAAAUUCACUCCACGCACAAAAGCCAUUGUUAUCAACACUCCCAACAACCCAUUAGGCAAAGUUUACAAGGCCGAAGAGCUCCAAAUGAUCGCUGAUCUGUGCAUCAAACAUGAUGUGCUGUGCAUCAGCGAUGAGGUGUACGAGUGGCUGACUUAUGAUGGAGUCAAGCAUGUAAAGAUAGCCAGUCUUCCUGGGAUGUGGGAACGAACCAUCACUGUUGGCAGCGGUGGAAAGACCUUUAGUGCUACUGGCUGGAAGGUUGGCUGGGCCAUCAGCUCUGGGCAUAUCAUGAAACACAUGAAAGCCAUGCAUCAGAUGUCUGUGUUUGAUUGUGCAACAGCUGCUCAGGAGGCAGUGGCUCAGGGAUUUGAGAGGGAAUAUGAGCUGUUUGGGACUCCAGAGAGCUACUUCCAGCAGCUGCCUGCGAUGCUGAAUCACAAGAGGAAGAAGCUAGCUUCAUGUCUGGAGAGUGUGGGUUUGCAGCCCAUCAUGCCAGAGGGAGGAUAUUUUAUGAUCACAGACAUCUCCUCUGUCAAGGUGGACUUCAGUGACCAGAGCACUGAGGAUGAACCCUAUGACUUCAAAUUUGUUAAAUGGCUAAUUAAAGAGAAGGGUUUAGCAACAAUCCCCGUCUCCGCAUUCUACAGUUCAGAGCACAGCAAGGAGUUCGACAAAUACGUCCGAUUCUGCUUUGUCAAAGAGGACUCCACUCUGGAUGCAGCUGAGGACAUCUUAAGAAGAAUCAGUCAGUAAAAUAUAACACAAUGUGUAGCAUGCAGUCAUCCAUUACCUGUCUGGUGAGAUUUUAACAGGAUAGUUAAACCUCAUGCUGUACUGGUGAAAACACUCAGGCAUUUGUGUAAUCAUUUUUAUUUUAAGCAGAAAACUGUACAUAAAAUACUAUUCAAUAUUUUAUUCCUCAGACAUAUUUGUCAUGUAUCCAAGUAUUCAAAAUGUUUAAUAAACCUUUUAAAAAUCCA